AUGAAAUCGCUUAAAAUCCAAUUUCUAUUGGCAAUCAGCUACAUCUUCCUCUUAUUAGUAUUUUCGAAGAGAAAAGGCAAAUAAGUUUCUCAAGGUAUACCUUACGUUACAGCUGAGUCAGUAGGGGCAUUAAAAGGAACAUUUUUCCAAAAUGUUUUGACAGACCUGUUUCCGAAAGUGCUGUCAGAGAUUAAAGGUAGAUUCAAGGGCAAUUCUACUGAUUGGAUUCCAAUUUAUCUGUUUAAAUUGGAUGACCUACCACCAGAAGAUUCUGUAUUUGUCAACAUGAAAAUAGAGAAUUUCACAGUUAAAACUCUGCAGUAUAAUACAUCUGGUUCUUAAAGUGGCAUUCUUUUACUAGAGUCAGUGCAGCAACUAAAGUACUAUGUGAGUAACAUAUAAAUCCAGGCUGACUAUGUGACUAAGUUUGACUUCAGUGGUUUAUACUCAUAUGAUUUAGAUGGAGAUGACUGUAGCUAUCAGGAAGGUGAACAAGAAUGCUUAAGAAUGAACUAAAGACUGUACAAUACCACUGUGAGACUUAAAGAUGGAUCAAUAAGUGUUGCCUAAAAUUUCAGUGUAUCAGAUGAAGGAGAUAUCUAAGUAGAUCUCCCUCUAAUUACGAUAACUAUCCUCUCAUAAAAUCUAGACAUUGUUUUUUACACAGACGAAGAAGAUAACUUUAUCAAUUAGAUAAGUAGUACUAUUAAUAAAACUAAGGAUUACAUAAUAUAAAAUGCCUAUUAACUCAUCAAUGAAAAUCGUGACUACCUUAGAGACAUUUACAUCAAGGCUGCUCAGAUGUUUACUCAGCUUAACAUUUCAGACAGCGGAUAUCAUGUAUGGACUAAAUUUCAAACCCUUGAAGAGUCAAGAUUCAACUUUAAUCCUUAUAUAAGCUCUAACUAUAUAUCUGGGUUCCAAAGGAUUUAUAUUUAAAAGGAAUAAGAGAUAUUUAAGAAGAAUAUUUAGGAAAAGAUUUUAAUGCCUGCAGUAGAUCCCUCUGGAGAUGAUAUGUAAAUUAUUCUGUCAGAGAAUUUGAUCAGGUAUUUAUCCUCUGCAGUUUGGAAUAAUUCAGAGUUCUUAAGCAAUAACAAUCCAACGCUAGGUUCAAACUAUAUAUAUUUAAUAGAUGGGGAAGGGGAUAUAAUCUAGAUGCCUUGCACUACUGAUAUAAUGGAUUUCAUAUUUCCAGGUAUUGCUCAAGAGUAUGGAAAAGACAUAAAAUGUAAUUGGUCUUAUAAAAUAACUUAGCUUAAUUUUUUCAACAUCAAUAUUGGCAGACUUUAUUACUAAUCAGAUAAAAUGAAUGACAUGAGUUCAACUUUACGAUAUUUAAUAACAAAACAGAAAAAGAUGAUCCAGUAGUAAUCAGAUUCAAUGUUCCUCUUCAUAAUGCCAAUUUUCAUGUUUGUCUAAGAGAUAAAACAGUAAUCUACCAAAUCUACAAUCUGUAGCCAGUCAAUUUGA